GAUUGGUUCCCCGUGGUUCCACUAGGACCGGAUGUUGAGUUGUCCGUGUGAGAGACAGACAGCAUGGCAGCGGCUGUCGGCAGGAGCGUGGUGUUCGUGACUGGGAAUGCGAAGAAACUGGAGGAGGUCAUUCAGAUUCUAGGAGACAAGUUCCCCUACAAGCUGGUGUCCAAGAAGAUUGACUUGCCAGAGUACCAGGGGGAGCCGGAUGAGAUCACCAUACAGAAGUGCCAGGAAGCAGCCCGGCAGGUCGACGGCCCUGUGCUUGUGGAGGAUACCUGCCUGUGUUUCAAUGCUCUGGGGGGGCUGCCCGGACCCUACAUCAAAUGGUUUUUGGUUAAGCUGAAGCCUGAAGGCCUGUACAAGCUGCUGGCCGGUUUUGAGGAUAAGUCUGCGUUUGCUCUCUGCACCUUCGCGUACAGCGCUGGGAAGCAGGCGCCAGUGAUCCUGUUCAGAGGGAAGACCGAAGGUCAAAUCGUUGAACCAAGGGGACCCCGUGAUUUCGGCUGGGAUCCCUGCUUUCAACCGGAUGGUUAUGAAAAGACGUACGCAGAGCUACCCAAGGAGGUAAAGAACAGCAUCUCUCAUCGCUACAGAGCUGUCAAGGCCAUGGCUGACAACUUCAUUCAGCACUGUGAUGACCCAGACAGCGGCUCCCAAAGCAGCUAGCCCUGGAGGCAGCAGCAGCGCCUGACCGCUGCCGAGACACCCUGCUUCCAGGGGAGAGGGCUAAACACAUUGAAACGCUGGGGGGGGUUUGCUGCGGGACCCGGAGGACAGUGGACCAUCGUGGACGCAGUUCCUGACAGCCUGGGGAAUGCAUCCAAUCCCAAGCGGCUCGCUGGUUAACUCUUGCGCUGCUGCGGGAAGCAGUUUGUUUUCUUUUCUUUGGAAUUCUUCCUGGUCAACAGAAAGAAGAGAGAAACUCCAGUGAAAAGAUCAGAUUAGUGCGUCCCGCAGGCUGCUUGUAAAAUGUGAUACUGCACAAAUAAAACCUGCCUCCUUUUA